UGCAAACCUCAGAAAAAGAUCGAAACACAACCAAUGAAACUAACCAGGGUCCAGGAAUCUAAAUUGGAAAACAUCCCAACCAAACAAAAAAAGAAAAAGGAAUAAUCUAAUCCACAAAUCUCACCAUCCCUUCAUCUCUCCAUUGAAAUGAUGCUGGUAUUGCACAGUGGUGUCAGUAACAGCAGCAGCAAUAUUACCCAAACUCUAAAAUCCAUAACUUUCAACAGGGAGAUAUACCAUCAUCAUCAUCAUUAUUCACAAUCUCUCUCCUCAUCUUCAAUAUGGAAGCUCAUCAAUGUAAAUGGGAGGAACUGUCAGGCGAUCCAUGGCAUAGGAAUGCUAGCAGCUGCAGUGGUGCUUUCUACGCCGCCUCCAUCCGAGGAGACGUUGGCUAAUAUACCCCAAGAACUUUCAGGCAAGACUUGUGAUCUCUUGGACAAGGAGUGUAAUAUGAAGAACAGAAUCCAACGACCAAAGUCUAGGAAUGCUGAGUCUUGUACUACCAAAUGUGUUGGCACUUGUAUUCGUGGUGGUGAUGGCUCACCUGGUGAAGGUCCUUUUAAUGUUCGAAGACCUAUUAUUGUUUUUAAGCAAGGAUUUCGAAGUCGACAAUAUUGCUUGGUGGAAUGCUCAGAUAUAUGCAACUUGCUAGAUGAUGCUGAUAAGCGCCGUUGAUAUAAUCCUGCUCAAUCACAUUUCAUUCACUACUUUGAUAGAUAUGUAUUUUCAUUGUGAUUUUAUUACUCCCAAAUAGGAAAAGUAUGGAUAGUCCUGGAUGAUUAUUGAUAGUUAUUCAUGUUAUCUGAUGUAAUUCAUGAAUUUUGUGGAAUUUUAACCCAGAAAUGGUGUACAUACUA